AUGUCACUGUUGCCGUUAAACACACUAUCCGAAGCGGGCUGCCUAUUCAUCGAAGCCCGUCUACUCGGCGGUCCGGGCAACAUCGUCUCACAGAUCGGACUAACUGUCGAUGCUCCCAACACGUCCAUCGCCGUAUUUUAUUUCAAAGAUUUGCUGAUUGGCGUUCACUUUGGACUGCUUUUUGGACCCAGAAAUCCUAGUUUUUGGGACUUUCUUUUAGAUUUUUUUCCCUAUUUCUUCUUAUACCAAAUGUCUAAUUUAGUCGAAUGA